ACAGGCCCUGUUAAAUAAUUUACCGAAUUCUGAUCGAGUAAUCAUGCAUGGUGAAGUAGUUCAGCUGGACAGCGAUAGCAUGAGACCACAACACAAUGUUAUGCUUAUUUUGUUAUCAGAUGUACUGUAG